AUGACAUCUGACAAGCCAACGAAGGUGACUUUUGAUCACACAGAUCAUCACAACUCUCCACCUUGGCCGGAAUGGAGUGAUUCAUACAUCAACAACCUACAAUGGAGUAGACAGACCAGACGCUCAAUAUCUGCGGUCUCUUUCUCACCAAACAUCAAGGCUAAACUGGCUUCCGAGUCAGAUGAAGUGUUUGAAGAGCCAGGAUUGUUUGAUAUACCGGAUGUGCAAGUACAUGCAUGGAGACAUCCCCACGAGAUAGACGCUGACAUAAGUUAUGUCAUCGAGCCUGACUCCACUCCGCUUGAUCUUGUUACUCAUAACAAACACCUUCUGCAUAUAGAGAUAAUGAGAAAAAUAAUAAGCAGUAUAUCCUGUUUGGAGAGAGAGUCUUUUUGUCGUCCGUUUCCCAUAGAGUUUCAGUCGGAUCAGUUCACGGCCAAUGGAGAAGCGGAGUGGAAGCCUUGGCAUCAUGUUUACGCACUCACAGCAGCAGGCAAGGACCAGAAACAUCAUCCACAGUUCAACCCUUCCGGCAAAUAUUUUAUUCGACUGUUUUUCUUGGGUAAGUGGCGUCGUAUCCUGGUGGAUGACAGGCUACCAGUGGACAGUCAAGGUCAGAUCCUGCUGCCUGUGUCUCGUCCAGACAAUCUGUGGCUGCCGCUGCUCUCAAAGGCACUGCUGAAAGUGUCCUGUCUUAGUCAUGGUGCUGACUUCGGCGUCAUACAUUGUCUCACCGGAUGGAUAAAGACUGUAAUCUCUUGCAAGGGCUGCAGCAAGUACCAGCUGUGGUGUGUGUGUUGUCAGCUGAUGUCUACUACGGAGGAGAUUGUAGAGUCUCCGGGAUGUUGCAGAAGUGAUGAGGAAUUCACAAUUCCACAGAACAAUCAAUCAGCUGUCUCGUCGCGGGCUCUUCUGGCUGUCAUUGCCUCCAAGGGUUCCAACAUGCUGGAACAUACUGUCCUGAUUGGUAAUGUGAGAUACGACAGAGAUCAGGCCUCCCCUGGAUGGAAGCAAUACCGCUGGAAUGAGUGGGCCUUCAACAAAGGCAUCAUAACAGAAAUCCCUAACAAGCCUGUUAGAAAUGUUCAAAUCUACAAUCCUCUAAUGGAAAACAAGGAAUUGUCAAAUGGGGAUGGCUCUCGUGACAAAAAUGAUGAUUGGUUAGACUUUGAGGAUUUUUUUCAAAAUGUGAGGGCUAUAAAGGUGUACUACAAACCCUCAUAUUUCAAGUAUAGCUUGAGAGCUUGGUCAGAACAAGAACUGGUUUUACCAUUGCAGACUGCUGAAGACGUUUUGUUUGUUGGGAAAAAGCUUUCAUCUAAAGAUAAAGGGGAGGAUACCAAGAGUACAAAGACUAAAAAGGCAAAAAUAGAAGAUCCUGCCAAUCUGUCUACUAGGUCCCAUAUCAAAGGAACAAACAAGAAAAUUAAUAAAAGAAAAGGGACAGAAGAUGUAACAAAAUUUAAAGAAGACUGGCCAAAAAAUUUAAGGAAAUCUUCCUUUUUCUACUUGUUGAUAGACUCCAUGGCCAGUAAGGAGGUACUCUGCUGUGUGAGUGGCUACUCCCCUGAGGGUCCUUCACACGCUAUCAUCUUCAUCGGCAAGUUUGACUGGCACAGCCCCUGCGUUGCUCCCAUCACUACCCGCAUGUCGACCACUGCCACUUCGGCUCGCUUCUUCCUUCUGCCACCAGGGUUACGAGUGGUCAGAAUAUGGCAUCAGUUUCCAGCGUACUUUUGUAUGCAGAUUUAUUCCAACUCUUAUUUCCAAUGUGGUUCCAAAAUGACAAUACAGCAGAGUUUAGGGAGUGAUUCUUUAUCAUUCAAGUUUUAUGGACGGGAGAUCAGCAGCAGGUUUGAGCAGCUGCUAGCAGCUCCACACGGCGGGGCUGGUCACGGCGGGGCGUACCAACAGCUGAUGUGUAGCCUAGAGCCCCCGCUGCUCACCACUAGGCUUCCCUGGCCACAGUGGUUUCAUGUGCACAUCGAGCUAGUAUCAGCAUUUGAAGAGUGCUUGACAGAAAUGUUGGUGGAAACAUUUCACAGUGCUGCAGAUGUUUAUCAAACCAUUCAAGCAUUUCAGCUGCUGUUUUUAAAUCCGGUGUUUGGUAUGAAAACCCUUAAAUCCAUUAAGCCUGAAUGCUUUAAGUAUAUUGUUGAGCAAAAUGAGUCGAAGCAACAAAAAGGACAAAAAGAAGAAAUAAAAGAACAAACCACAGAUGGAAAAGGAGUAAAAGGCAAAAAGAAUGAUAAAUCAAAGGGAAAGCCGACAGACAGAGUUAAAACUGAAGAUAAAUCAAAAAGUGAAAUCACUGAGAAAGUUGACAAAAAGAAGAAAGACAAAUCAAAGCUAGCUAUAGAAGAAGUAUCUUUGAGGAAGCUGAUAACAUGCAAAGAGAAAAACUUGCUAUUGAAUGAUCAAAACAAAACAAUUCUGCUACUUAGAAAGAUGAUGUCGUAUGUACCCCAUCUGCGAAGUCUCUACCCCUUCCAUGCUGAAGAUGACGUUAAGAUGGUAUUGAAGGAUUAUCUAGGGGAGACUCACCCCGUAGACAGCUGGGUGGUUUUGGUGCGAUGUGUGCUCAACAUCCACUCUACCGAGUCAGUGCCCUGCAGCCUCCACAUAUGGUCACCUGUAGAGAGUCUCGUACUUCGCUUGAUUGACAAUGACACCAGUGAGGAAAUAUUGCGACAUGGUUUUGUUGAGAAUAACGUUGCAUAUCUCAGUCGAAACAGGAAAGGCUACACAGUGAUGGCGUACGGAGUCACCGAUCAGCUGCAGCCCAUACCUUGGCGUCUGCGUAGUCUGGGUGUGACAGAGACAGAAUGUCUUCAUAUCUGUGAAGAGGACUGUGACAGAUGUACCAACACGACAACUCAACUGCCACAACAGCACCAACAGACUCUGCGUGGCUACUAUGUGCCCAACAAACAGAGAGAUAUUGCAAGGUGUCUGCUAGCAGUGGAGGCUGAUGUGACAGUGCUACUAAGGCUCAACGUGUCGUACAAGUACGCUGUGUGUAGUCUCACAGUGUACAGUGAGAGUGGAGACGUCAUCUGCUACACCAGCGGCACUGGCCAGGCUAUGGAGGUGGACUGCCGAUUGAUAGGGAAUAGCGUGAUAGCGGAGUCAGGUGGAAGUGGGGAUGGGAAAGUAAGACCUGUUGUGUACAGAAUAUCAGCUAAACUGCUAGACAACUCAUGGCCGCUGCGGCCCGAUCAGCUGAGAGCUAUGUGUUAUUACAAGGAACAUCUGCCGUCCAUACUUGACAAACAAACUGGGACAAAGGAGAACCCGUCACGUUUACAAUCAAACAUUGCUUCAAACUCUGAAGAUUCUGACGAAAUGUUCUUUGAAAAUGUUGACGACAAACCUUCCUGGAGCUUGACUGUUGUGACAGACAUGUUAGAGGAAGUUCCUAUUAAAUUGAGUUUGGACAUGACAAUUUAUGAAGUUGUGAACAAACUGAAAAGCCAGUGGGAGAGUGAGGGAUUGCAUCUCAAUAACUGUAAAUCGUUGAGACAAGAAUUCUUAAAGCAUCAAGAAUAUUCUGAUGAUGAGAUUACUGAAGAUACUGUUUUCAAAUUGAAACCCAAGAAGUUAGAAAAGCUUUUAGACUUGUACGGUCAAAAGAUAAGUGACAGUUGUCUGCCUGGUCAAAACAAUAAUGCCAGUAUGUCAGGAAGUAGUAUUGAAUUGUCUGUACAAACACUCUCUUCUCCCUUAACACCAACACCAUCAUUGGGAAGCAGUUCACUACAGACAUCUUCCGAAAAAUCUGGAAAACGGUUGGAUCAUACAAAUAUCCUUGUUCAGCAAUCAGGAAUCCACAGAGCUCUUCAGAACUUGAGAGAAAAGAAUUUGGAUAUCAACAAACAAAUAUUCAUGGAGGCUGCAGAACUGCGAGAAAAAGUUAUAAAUGAUAUGAUAACUGCUAAAAACGUUAAUAUAGAAUCAGAGCCAUCCAAAGUAGCAACUGAUAAAAAGAAAGGUAAGAGAUCUAAAGCACUAUCUCCUGCAAGUAUAAAGGAAAAGAUGACAAAGCCAACAAAAGGCCCAAAAAAAGGAAAGAAAAGUAAUAAAUAAUGUAAAAUCAAUUAUGAUAUUACUGAACUGUUGUUUAAAAUUUGAAAUGAAAUCAAUAAAACAUAUGUACUGAUUGUAUUAUCUUAAAGUUCACUAUGGUUUUCUAAUAAAUUGUUUUUAAUGUUAUAAAAGCUUUCAUUAUAAGCUUUCAUUUUAUUUUUAAAGUAUGUUUAGUAAAAU